AUGGGUACCCACGGGUCCUACAAUCUGAUAGACACCACACCUGCCAAGACCAUCCUGGUGUACCGCAAUGGGGACCAGUAUUAUUUGGGCAAGAAAUUUGUUUUUAACCGGCGGCGCAUAGUGUCCUUUGAGGCCUUCUUGAACCAGCUGAAUGAGGAGAUCGAAGUGCCCUUUGGUGUGCGGCGGAUCUACACUCCCACCCAUGGCCACCAGGUCCAGGAGCUGGACAAUCUGCAGCAAGGGGGCAAGUAUGUCGCUGCCGGCAGAGAGAGGUUCAAGAAGCUAGAUUAUUUUCACAUAGUUCCCAGAAAACCUGUAAAGAUGAGAAAACUCAAGGAAAUCAAACCGGUGGUACAUUGUGAAAUAAAUGUGCCUUCCAGGUGGCAAACAUCUAAUCGUAUAUCCCGACACAUAAAUGUUUUCACAAAUGGAAGAUUAUUUAUUCCACCUGUAAAAAUUAUCAUACCUAAAUUCAGUUUGUCAGAUUGGAGUAGUGUGCUGACCAUAAUUGGAGAAAAAGUCUUCCCUGUAGGAGGUGUUCGAAAAUUAUUUACAAUGAAUGGGCAUCUUUUAGACAACUCAAAGGAUUUGCAAGACAAUCAUUUUUAUGUUGCAGCAGGACUGGAGACCUUUAAACAUUUUCCUUAUUGGAAGUCCUCAAAGGUUCCCAGUGAGGUCCAAAAAAGGUACGCAGACAUGGAAAAACAUCUACAACGAAAGAAGAAAGAGGAUUCCAAAGGAAAAGAGCCUCAUAAAUAUGAAGACAUACCAACUAACAAACAAGAUUCUGUUUAUUAUGUCAAAGAAGAAAAGAAGAAAACUUUGAUAGAACCUUUACUCACAAGUGGUGCAGGUGAUGUGUAUAAAGCUCAGACUCCUAAUGCAGAAACCCAAGGGGCACCAGAAGUAAAAGAAGACCAAGAUGUGAAAGUGGAAGUGCCUGUGGAUCAGGUUGGCAUUUCAUUGGUGGAGCCAAAGGUAAAAUACGUAACCAUUCAGGAUAAACAGUUACCAGGUGAACUAGUUAAAGAAGAUGAGGAGAUCUAUGAUAAAACCUCUGAUUUGGAAGGCAAUGAAGAAAAUGAAGAUGAAAAGCUUUAUGAUGAUAAUGAAAGAAAGGUUUGUACCCACAAAUUCUAUAGCUUUGGGUUUCUUAUUCUGAAGACAGCCAUUUAG